UUUGUACGUCAACUAAUUGUCAUAAAUGAUAAUUUUUCAUCAUUCUAGAACAAGUUAAAUAUUUGAUCAUAUGAGUUUUUUUACGUUUUACUUUUUAUUUAAUUUAUAAAGUGCCUGUGUAAAAAUGGAAUAAAUAUUAUUUAGAAGAUAAAUCUGUUUGUGUAUAUUUCAUAUUAAUCAUGGGUAUUUUUAAUCUUUCAUCACCUUUCGAUGCUGAUAUCGAAAAAGCCACAAGUGAAAAUAACACUUCAGAACAAUGGGGAGCCAUUAUGGAUGUUUGUGAUAAAGUAGGAUCAAGUGCUGCAAAUGCCAAAGAUGCUUUACGUUCAAUUGUUAAAAGACUUUCACAUGCAGACCCUCAUGUAGUAGUUCAAGCCAUUACUCUUCUUGAUGCUUGUGUAAAUAAUUGUGGUAACAAUUUCCACUUAGAGGUGGCAUCACGUGAUUUUGAAAAUGAAUAUCGUAGAUUACUUUCAAAAAGCCAACCAGCCGUAGCUUUAAAAUUGAAGCAAUUACUAAAAAAAUGGUCAGAAGGAGAAUUUAAAUCUGACCCUCAACUGAAUUUGAUUCCAUCACUCUACAAUAAAUUGAAAAGUGAAGGUGUUGAUUUCUCUGAUGUGCAAUCUAAUACACCUAAACAACAUCCAGUAAGUAAAGAUCCAAAUGUAGUUUCAUCACAACAAGAGGAAGAUGAUAUAGCAAAAGCUAUAGAAUUAUCUCUAAAAGAUAAAAGUAAUUCAGUGCGACCACUUUCAUCAAAUUCUGCUAGUUCUUCCCUCUAUCCAUCUAUGCAACUUUCUGCACCCAUGCCUAGUACAUCAAAUAAUUCAGAGCCCCGCAAAGUCAGAGCUCUAUAUGACUUUGAAGCAGCAGAAGAUAACGAAUUGACCUUCUUAGCUGGUGAAAUAAUCCAUAUGCUAGAUGAUUCAGAUCCUAAUUGGUGGAAGGGAUAUAAUCAACAUGGAGAAGGUUUAUUUCCUGCAAACUUUGUAACUGCUGAUUUAUCAGUUGAACCAGAACAAUUUAGAAUUGAUGCUAACAAGAAAUCUGUUCAAUUUUCUGAUGCUGUUCAAACAAUGUUACAGGAUUCAUAA